AUGCAUCUCAUCAGUUUGGCACUGCUGCCGGUAGCUGCCUUAGCUUUCUCAGAUACACACCCUCUCCUUAUAUGGUCUUCAGUUAGCUCGCCAAGCUUGGCCUUUGAUUCAUCUAAAGGUUCAGAUUUUGCAAAGAACCUCCUGAAGGCUCCAGAUAUCUGCUCACAUGACGCUGUUGUCUUCAUCAACCAAGUUGAUCUGCAUGCCGCGGACUUGCACACGUUAUCACCGUCCAGCGGGCUCGUAAAUACCCUCGAGUCUGCCUUUGCCUCCUUCCAAUUUCCAUAUGUACGCCGCACAGGAGGCGUGAACCCCUUUGAGAAACUUGCGGAUGAACUCGCGCUGCGCUGCGGCGCACGCCUUAUACAUACCAGUAUAGAUGAGGACGACAUGCCAAUGCCUGCGCAUGGGGAUGCAAAGGAGAAGCACGUGGUAUGCAUGGGGAUGCCCUCACUGGAGGGUGUUCAUGGAGCUACACGGAAGAGCAUGAUGGCAAAGCAUGAAUCACAGCUUUCCUCCGCGCUUGCUACCCUGGCACGUACCCAUCCCCACUACCUCGUGCUCUACAGCGGCUGGUCGCGCUCAAACCUCGCACGCCAAUCUUCAUCUCCUAACCCAUUCGACUCUUCGAACUCCACCGCUGCAAACGCAUUACCAAGUGGAGGAAUUCUCGCUCGCUACCAGCUACUCACUCCAGCGCUUCUGCUCGCCCUAAUCCUGACACUCGGCGUGCUGGUUCCUCUCGUCCUCUUUGGUGUGUAUGCUCUCGCAGGCGUGCAGAGCCCCGUACGCAACGACCCGCCCAAGCAAUGGAUCAGUGCAGAGAAGAAGAAUCAGUAG